AUGUCUAACGAGAAUUUACAGGAUGCACCAACUAAGGUAACAGACCCCAAACAACUAACAACAAUCUACAAAAAGAACGGAACAUUCGAUGCCAAAAGAAAAGAACUUCUAUCUAAUUUUAAAGAAUCUGAAACUUACAAAAACUUACUCCUCAAACUACAAAUCAUGGUUGAGUCCAAAAUCAAAGCAGAUCCGCUGAUAUUGAUGAAGAACAAGGGUAAAAUGGCUGCUUUAAUCCAGGGUGAAAUCGUCAAUCAAUCACACAACAAAGAUCCCUCAUCUUCCACAAGUCUGAGAAAUGGUGAUAAAGAUGAUAGUGGGAUACUAAGUAUUGUAGACAAAGAUAUCCAAGAAAAUAUAAUAGACUCAUCACAGUUCCAUGAAUCACUAAAGGAAGAAUUGAUGGAUGUCCAACGUAAAAUCAUGGGUAUAAGUGAUGAAGAAUUUGAUAAAAUAAAAAAUGAACUACGGUUGAAAAAGGAGAAAAGAGAACAAGAGGCUCUUAAAAGGAAGAUGAGAUUGGAGAAGGAGAAAAUUGAGCUAGAUUAUAGGAAUAACUUCAAAGUUAAAGAUUUGAGCAAUGGAGGUGUUGUUACAAAUGCACAUCGGGUCAAUAAAGUACCACGGAUCAAUUUGAAAAGCAACACUGGUGGUGAUUCUCUGUCUGAGGCCAAGGAAAAGAAAAAGGUUACGAAAAUGAUGUACUGA